AUGGCUUCCUUCCGAGCCGGCCACACACCCGCUAAGGCCACUUGCCUCGUCGUGGUCAUCGCCUCUGCAAUGCUCCUUUCCGCCCCUGCGUGCGUCUCCGCCGCCGGGAAACUCGCCAACGCGACUGCGCCUGCCAACGCGACUGCGCCUUCUAACUCGACUGCUAUUGCUAAGGGUGUUUCUGCUGGCGCGAUUGGGUCUGCAAACGCAACCACGCCUGCCCUGGUGGCGACGGCGAGGCAGAGCAAGAACUCGGUGCUAGGAAAGAACUCCACGUGCGCCUAUUACGCAAACUACACCGCCAACCCCUACUUCGGCAAGGGGCUCACCGUGAAGCUUCCUCCCGCCAUCUUCGGCAAGCGCUGCGGCGCGUGCUACAAGGUGAUUUGCGCCAACGACACGAAGCGCUGCCGCAGCGGCAAGGCGACCGUGACGGUCCGCGUCAUCGGCGCGACGACCACGGAGAAUCAGAUCUCGCUCUCCCCCGUGUCGUGGUCCAAGAUCGUGCAGGGAUCCGACGCCGCCCCCGUCGGCGUCACGUACAAGCGCACCAACUGCCAUUCCACCCUCGGAUCCGCGGUGCGCGUGCGCGCCAACUCGACGGCGGAGCAUUUCAACAUUCAGAUGGUGGGUCUCGCCGGCCCCGGUACGCUCAAGGCGGUCGAGAUCAGCGCGGACGGCAAGAAGUGGGCGAAGCUGACCCGCGACGGCAGCAAGGCGAUCUGGGGGAUCACGGGCAAGGAGGCGAAGGAGGUUGUGGGCGCGAAGAAGGCGGUGAGCGUUCGGCUGACGGCGGGACACACGCUGGAGAAGAUCACCCUCGACAAGGUCAUUCCCGCCGACUGGAAGCCGCAGACGCUCUACUCGUCCAAGGCCAACUUCAAGAAGCUCAUGGCCGUGGCCAAGUAG